AUGGUUAGCCUCAACUACCUCUCCAUUACCAGACCUUACAUUAUAGCUUCCUCUUUACCAAACGACACACCCCCUUCACUUCCUCAUUCCAAUUCUCUUCCAAGAACAAAUAAUUCAACCCCACCACAAUUUCAUCAACAAGAAAAGCUAAAGCGAAAGCAAAGGCAGCUUUCUGUUGCAGAAAUUGAAAGGGCUAUCGGUGCUGGCAUUUUUCGAGAAAAUGACACUAACAGGGAGUCGGAAGUGAAUAAGCAUUUGUUUGAUAGUAUAUUGGCGAAUUCUGUUGGGAAGGAUGAAGGGUCUGCGGAGAAGAAACUGCGGGAGACUGGAGAAUGGAUCAUUGAUCAAACCGAAAGAACUUCACGCUCUUCUGAGUCUGAAUUAGAGUUUUAUGCAUACCUUUUAUUGGAAACCUACAAAGUCACAGUAUGCUGCACUGAGCGACCAGGUGACAGCCUCAUUUCUUUAGGCGACUUAUUCUCUUUGGAAGAAGAAAAUGAUGGAGACGAAGAUGAUGACUCCGAGACUGAAAAAGACCAUAACCACUUUGAAACCUGUAAAUCGAAGAGCCCAAGGAGGGAGCUGAGGCUGGGUAUUGAUACUGGUGGGUUUCACGAAUCUCUUCUUUUUAGCUAA